GUGGGGUGGGGUGAGGUGAGGGGUGGUAUUGCGGUCCACAGUUUAAAAAACAUUAGCUAACAUUAGCUACCCUCGCGUUUUGAUUCUCCCUCCCUCCCUCAGCCGGCUUUAUCUGUGGAGCUCUGUUACGGCUCGUGACAGCGGUCAACUCUCGGCCACAUGUAAGGUGAUAUGAUUCAUGUCGCAAUACGUUAUGCAUCGUUGUCUCACACACACACACCGCGGGUCGUCCGUUUCGAUGCAAACGGCCUCCCGUGAGUUUCGGGGUAACGUUAACUCUGGUUACGGAGGAGAAGAAAAACGACUCGAUAGAUUUUCCCCAUCACCUCGUUUUCCAAAGAAAAGGAGAAACCGACGGUGGACAAACCAGUGGUGUUGGUGCGGUGAGCAGCAGCGGCAAAGAUGACGGAGUAUAAGCUGGUGGUGGUGGGGGCUGGGGGCGUGGGCAAGAGUGCACUCACCAUCCAGCUCAUCCAGAACCACUUUGUGGAUGAAUACGACCCCACCAUAGAGGACUCGUACAGGAAGCAGGUCGUGAUUGACGGGGAGACCUGCCUGCUGGACAUCCUGGACACUGCAGGUCAGGAGGAGUACAGCGCCAUGAGGGAUCAGUACAUGCGAACAGGGGAAGGUUUCCUCUGCGUCUUUGCCAUCAACAACACCAAGUCAUUCGAGGACAUUCACCAGUACAGAGAACAGAUCAAACGCGUAAAGGACUCGGACGAUGUUCCCAUGGUGCUCGUGGGAAACAAAUGCGACCUCCCGGCACGCACGGUGGACACGAGGCAAGCCCAGGAACUCGCCCGCUCUUACGGCAUCCCUUACAUCGAGACCUCUGCCAAAACCCGACAGGGAGUAGAGGACGCCUUCUACACACUGGUCAGAGAGAUCAGGCAGCAUAAGCUGAGGAAGCUGAACCCACCUGAUGAGAGCGGUCAGGACUGUAUGAGCUGUCGCUGUGUGGUCUCGUGAUGCAGCUGACUGUUGCAUGUUGAGGAGGAAUGCUACUGCGCGUAGUGGCAGCAUGGACUUACAGAUAGAAAGUUAAAACAACGUAAUGAUGAAAUAUAAACUUUUUCAAAAAGAGGAGGAUUGAAGCAAAAGCUCACAAGGGAACCACCAGACCCGACUGAACCAUAGCCCCUCGUGGAAAGGAGGAUUUGGACUGUUGCCUUUUGCGGCCACCUGAAUGGGUCCGGUCCCUCCUUUUGGUCCACGUGUCGCCACGAGAGCGACGCCACCAAUGACUCUUUGUCCGCCCCGGUGUGGUCUCCCUGGAUGGCUUCGCAAGUUUCCUGCUAACUUAUUUUUUUUCAGUCUCAACACUGGUCUUAAAAGGGGGGUGUCACUGACCUCCUCCCACCUUGAAAGCCUAACGCCACCCCCAUCCCCCCGCUGUCACCGCCGCCUGCCCACUGGAAGGACUGACUGACUAAAAUGGAAAGGACUGGAACAUGGAUGCCCCCCCUCCCCCCCCGGCCCCCAUCGCCCUCCACCUGCCUGUUGGUUUCCCCCCCCCAACGGCUGCGUGGAGUGGAUCAGUCAUUGUACUGGAUGCAGGGGUUGGAGGCUGACAUGGAAAUGACUGUACUUUGUUGUUUGACUGUUAGCCCGGUUGUACAAAUGCUUAGAUCUUUUUGGAUAUGACAAGUUUUGUUUGUGAUGGCAGAAUCUGAAAGUCACCGAGCAAUACGGGAGUAAGGGCGUUCAUCACAGAUGACGCCGGGCGUGAUAUUUUUCAUGACCGGCCUGACGUAUAUAUUUCUUAAUAUAAAGAUGGAUGAAUUCCCAGAAUGCAGCUGCCUUCUUUUCUUUCAAAUGUUUUUCUUUGCAACAGAGUUGUCUUUGUGUUAUAGUAAUCACUAAUGUACGUAAGUUUUGGUGCAAUAGGAUUAUUUACUGUUCAAUAUACACAGUUUUGGGACUCAACCACAGCCCGUGGCACCUUCUUCUACUUUGGUUUCGGGCGGGUUUAUAUCUGUUUGACGGUUGCAUGUAGAAAUGGGAGAAACCCCCUGCACAGUCAUACAACGGCAGGUUAGGGUUUUACACAACAUGACAGCCAGGGGACUUUUCUUGCAUUUCAUUUCGGUAAGUGUAUGCUGUCCAACUCGUAUUUACUACGUGGCGAUAGCGGCUAUUUUUAGAUUGCAAGAAUCCGUCCCCGUAGAUAACAAGGCUCAGGAAUCUGAGUCCAGGAAAGUGUCACCAUUCAACCGUCCUGGAAACCAGAGUUAACAAUGUCACCAAAUAGCUUUGCAGAGUUUUAACGCACAAGAUCCUGCCUCAGACUCACACUUCAGUUUUUUUUUUUUUUCCCUCACGCCGCGCUAUCCUCAGACCGCUCUUCCUUUCUCUGCCACCUCAGUUCUGCAAUGGAACAAUAGUAGUUCAGGUGCUACUCAUGUCAGAAUCAUAUUUACUGUAUAUGCGGGACUAUUGUGUGUAAUGGGUGAUGGAUAUUGGGUUAUGGGAGUGCGUCGCUUUGUUAAAUUCAUACUGGCUUGUGCUCCCGAGAACUGCAUUCAUUUGCUGCCUACAUGGAAAAAGACUGCUCUGGAUUUACUUCUAAAUGGACCUUUAUAUCUUAGCUAGUUUGUACCUCAUGUCUGCAGCGAGAUCUACCCGAGACGAAUAUGUGUUCUGCUGGUUGCAUUGUUCUGUUUGAUUACGUGUGCAACUAAAAAAAAAAAAAAAAAAUGGAAGUAGGUUGAGUUUAGACAUGCGCUGUAUAGAAUUUUAAAAGGAAAGGCAAGUCCCUUAAAACACUACACUGUUUUUAGAGUGUGUGGGUGGGGGGGUUCUGUAAUAGCAUGUGCGUUUAAAUGUGAUUUUUGUUUAGCAAGACUGAAAAGCAACUCAAAAGAUAAGAGCCCAGUAUUUGCCAGGUUGUCUUGCUCAAUACAUUGUGUGACCUGGUUAUAUGUCAUGUAUGAUUAUGUAUUGAGUUCCUGGCAUUACAGGCAGAAUUUUAGCAACAAACCACAGAAAAAUCCCCCACUUCUUCCACAAAAGACAUAACAUGUUAUUUUGCCUUCGUCUCCUGUCAUCGAAACAAAAUGUUUAUUUCUCACCUAAUCGACUUUGUACAGUUAAAAUUCCCUCAUGAAAUGGCUUAAAGAAAUAGGAUCAGUCUUGUGAGUGUGGAUGGUUGUAGAGUGUUUUUGUUAUCAGUUAAGUGUUCAUUUCUCUGCUUGGAGGAAGGAUGUGAGCUGUGAAUGUGUUUGAGUCUUUAGAUAUGUUUGAAAGAAGCCUCAUAUUUAACUUACAAUAGUAUAAUGAUGCAGGAUCCCACUUUCGGCUGUGUUUGUAACUUUUAUUUUUCACCCGUAGUGCUCACGAAAAGAAAAAGGUGUGGCGUUUGUAACAUGUAAUUACAGUCAUAAUAGUAUGCUUGUCCACUCCCUGUCAAUCAUAUAAAAAAAAAAAAAAACAGUUCGUUCACGAUGAUACAUAGAAUUCCAUAAAUCUUUGUAUUCAAAUUCCUGUUUCAUUAGCUAUCUUCAGCAUAUUGCAAGAGGUAUUCUCCAGCCAGCAGACCACACGUAUACCUGUCAGAAAACCUAGAGAGCAUGACGGAAACUGCACGGACAGGAGGGACCUUUGCACAAGGAGAAAGUGGCUCAAGGGCUUGUUUCACACUUGCAAACUGUCGUUGGAGGUGUGGAAGGAAUUACAACUGUUUAGCUAUUUAAGAUGUAUUUACUCUUUGAAAAUGUGGCAAAUGUAUUGCAGGAGAGAAUAAAGAUGUCAAGAGGAAA